AUCAACGGACAUUUGUGUAGAUCACGUUGAUUACAGCAUCUUCGACAGAAUGCGCCUUAAUGACAGUCGAUCACGCCGUGACUGCUUAGUUCGGUCUCUGCUUUCCGAAUGUUAGAAAGCAAUUUAAGAGUGUUUUUUCGGAGUUUAGUUUACUACUUUCAAGCUGGACAGGAUAAGUCUUCACAUUCAUCAGAGGGAAGCUGAACAGGACGCGGCAAUAAGGAUUUUGAACUAGGCUUCCUUAGGUAUUCGCAUCGCAUUCUUCUUGGGUUGCUGCAACAGUUUGCAAUGGUCGUCUGCUGUCGAUAUCCUGCGCGAGACCGAGGUUGCUUAUUGCAACGGGGGGUUUUGGUGCCGCAGAUUUUGUGAUUGCUUGCGACUUGGAGGAGGAAAGAUUGUUCAAAGCCAAUGAGAUUCGUGGACACCGCGCAGCCAUUCGCAUGAUGUUGCAUUCUUAUUCAAGAGCAUAAAGAGGUUUGUCUGUUGUUUAUACUCGAGCUGAUUUUCGUCUUACUAUUGCGGAGGAGAUUUGAGUCUCCGAGUGUCUCCGUGAUUUGAUCAAAAGGCACUCACCGACUGCGACGUCCUACAGCUAAUACUGUAAACUUCGAUGUGAGCUUGCAAGAUACUUUCAAACAUCUACGCGAAUCGAUUUUCAAGUGAUUUCUCUACUCGUAAAUCCUGCGGUUGACGUAUCAACCUUCAGACAUGAAGCAGGAGUAUGCGCCGACUUCGACCAAGUCAGGAUUACUCCAUGCAGGGUCACGGCAGCAGUUGACUGGACCUUUUGUGACUGUGGGAGUCACAAUGUUAGCAAUUUCACUCGUUCUAUUCUACACUCAAACUGUCGUCGUCGGACCCAACGCUGCUGCAUGGUUACCCUUGAGCUUGCCAACGCUUGGAAGCAAUAAGACCAUUUCAGGACAUCACUUCCCAACUGCAACAGUACCAUUUCUGAACAUCACUGGAAUGAUCAUCGAUGAGCUGGCGAGAAACGGAUCUGGGCCUUGCUAUGAUGAACACACAAACCGCACAAAAGUGAUCGGAUUGCCAGAGACUGCGGAUGUCAUCUUCCUGCCGACAAACGUUGUGCACAGAUUUUGGCUGCAAUCUCUCAACAGCGCCGGGCAAGCACGUUGUGCAGGCGGGGAUUACUACGAAGUGGACCUCUCCAACUCUUUGUGGAGGUCGCGUCCACCCACUAAGGACAUGCAGAACGGCACUUACCAAGUGGAAUUUUUGGUUUCCGACGCAUUCGCCGGACAGUACAACCUCACAGUGAUCCUGCUUUACGACGCUUAUCAUGGAGUUGACUUCGAUGGCGAAAAAUGGUUCAUCAACAAACAAACUGUCUUCCUCCAUUUGCACUUCGUUACCGAAGCCGACCUUGCUGCAAAGUACUCUUCUCAGGCCACUGCUUCGACGCAGCAGACACCCACUACAGAUACUGACAAUCUGGCUAACUUGAAGCGAUGUGGACCCACGGAUUUUGUGAGUCCGGAAUGGUCGGGGCGGUGGACUCGGCCCAUGGAUAACGAUUCCUGCCUUCCUGAUCAUAUAGGUAGAUAUAAACACUGCUUUUCUGAUUCAAGUAUCUCCUGCAGAAAUCCAAGCUGGUGCUCCGGUAAUUUGUCAAGGCUGGAAAGCCUGGGAUGGUCCUACUCCGCCCACUGUGCCUUUCACAUCUUUGAGCUUCAGGAAGCGUGGGACUGUCUGGACGGGCGCUGGUUGUUCUUCUGGGGUGACUCCAACCACCAAGACACACUCCGAAACCUGUUGUACUUUGUCCUCGGCAUUAUGCCAGCGCUUGGAAGACACAGGGUCGAUCAGUUACAGAUUGAUCGGGCCUACCAGAAUUUUUUACGAAAUCCUAACAAUCCAAACCAAUCAUUCCGCCUAACGAAUGUAUUUAACGGGCACGAGUUGGUGGACUAUAAUGGAAUAGGUUUGGACGCGUUGGACAACCAAGCUUAUCGUGAUUACGUCGCGGAAUUCUUCAAAGGGAACGACUACCCCGACACCAUAGUUCUGAAUUCUGGGUUGCACGAUGGUGUGCGGCAUUUCAACAUCCCCAAUUUCGCAAGGAAGGCGAACAACGCUAUGGAAUAUUGGGGCAAUGUUCUAGGAAACGUGACAGGAGAGCCGCCGCUAAUGGUGUAUCGGACCACUGUAGCUCCCGCUGGAUUAUCUAAAGCCAUGAAGGGGAAUCCACACAAGAUGGAAGUCUUCAACAAGAUCCUUACCGAGAAGGUGAGAUCGCGCUUCCCCAACGUUGGAUUCGUGGACGACUUCGACAUGACGUUUCCAUUUCAUUACAACAACAACUACAGCGACGGCGGUCACUAUGGCCGUCCCCCAGACGGCCAUCACUAUUACUUUGUGGAUAUCAUGCUAUGUCACGUCCUCCUCAAUGCCAUCUGCCCUCUGCCAUCAUGAGUUUUCUUUCGGUGCUUCCACUCUCAAAAUCUCUCAACGACAUCCGACAGGUGCCCGUCGGAAUGUUUUAUCUCUUAGCAUUUAGUGAAUCUUACAGUUCAUGCGACUUGACCCAGUUUCCGAGUCACAUUGGUGUGAUCUGCAGUGCAUCCUGCCAACAAAUUACAUGCCCAGUUAGCAGGGAUGUAGAACAGUUUUGGAGUAGGUUUAGAUUGCAGUGCAAGGAUUAGAGAUGAAGUAGCAAUCAUUCUCAGGUAGCCUCCGGUCAACCGCCAUUGGGCACGAACUUCCGAAUGUGACAACUCUAGUCGCGUAUUUAGAAGCGCUACAUGAUUGCAAGCUAUUUAUAGCAAAAACGGUUGAGCUCAUUCGUCAGAGAUUAUGACGCAAGUUGCAAUAAAAUAUCAGCUACGAUCCUCAGACCUGCCUUCUGCUACGCAAUCAGAUUCCAUUGACUCACAUGCUCUACAAAAGCUCCCAACACGAAGAGUAACCGUUGUGUUAGUUAGUGUGGGGAUCUGGCAAAUGUAUGGGGGAAUGGGCUCCAGUGGUUCGGCCUUGGGCGGGACCAGGGGCACGGAACCUAUGAUGACCCGGCCCUCUAUUGAUUUUGCCUUUUGUUUGUGCCUCGUGAUCUGAUAGGUUCCGCUGUUUUGAGCUGGAGGUGAGUGACUUGGGAUUUUUCGUUGAGUCGGAGACGAUGGCAGGAUGAGGAUGAGGCAGAGGAAGAGGGGCUCGUUGUCGAAGGUGUGCUCCUUGCUGGAGGAGUAUAUGUGGGUGCAUCUCGGUGUGGUUGAAUCGAACAGUAGACUCAGCUUGUUGUCAGGUAUUGAUCUGGUUCGGAAAGACGUCGCAGGGUAUUCAAGGGUUCUGUGUAGGGAAAACGUGGAGGAUAAAUAGGAUGGCGUAGGGUUUUGUGGUUUGAUGUCUCUUUCAGAGCUGAGUUAUGUCAGUUUUUAGAGCCUUGUCUUGCAGCUUUCCAUCCUUUCUCCUCGAUGUACAUAGAACUUGAUUUUAAGAAUUUCGAAAAUCGCCAGGAUUGCGUGAGUUUUUAGAUUCUAAAAUCCCGUGGUGCUUCUUAGAUGUGUCUGAUGUUGUGAAUGUAGUCACGAGUUUGCAGGGACUUCGAGCGUGUGCAUUUGGAGGAGCAUGACGAAGGACUGUGAACUAGAGUUCAUAUUGAGCGAAUUGUAGUUUUGUGAAUUAGGGUUGGGUUUUAUUGAAUAAUGUCACCAGUUGCCUAAGGUUGGAGUUGCUUGUUGGCUAGUGCAACAGCUCAAUACUCACGUAAAGUGGUAUGCUGUGUGCAAUGUAACAGUGUACAUUUCAA